UACACGGACCUACAAUCUCGCUAAGGAUUUCGGCAGGGCCCUCCUCAGAGCUUUCCUUAUCAGUGGUGGCGACACCUAGCGCCCUGUGCUGUCAUCACCGCGGCCGGCGGGGAGAGGCUGGGGGAGGAACUCCACAUCUUGAAGUCUUCAGCGGGCCUCGUCACGUCACAACACCCGGUAGGACGUCGCCAUGGCAACCAGGUCAUGUCAGCUCCGCUCGCAACUGUUUAUUUCGACUUGAGACCAGUCGGGCACCACAAACAAGCCGGUUACGCGGCCGCGGACAGAGGAGGCCGAGAGAAGAUCCCGGAGGUGGUCACAGUACAGUUUCAAACUGAGGUAGCCUUAGAAGGGACGAAAUAUUUCUUCAGCAUUCCUAGGCUCAGCAGGCCGCUUUCCAAGACUCUUUUUCCCGCCUCACGUAGACAGGAGGAAGAUCACAGCCCGCGCAAGGACAGUUGGAGGCAAGAGGAUAACACACAUGGUCUGUUGGGGAUCAGUUGUGUUCUAGACGAUCUCAUGGACACAGGGUCAGCUUGAAGCGAGUAGGUGCAGUGAAAUGGCAGCGACUUCGUUUGAGGCGCCGUUUCUGGUCGCGAACGAAACCGCGACGGAAACUUCCAGUGGGGUGCCCACCUGGCUGACUUGCCUCGAAGCCACCUUCAUGAUUGUCAUCUUCAUGUCGUCCGUCAUCGCGAACCUGAUCGUCUUCGCUCUCUUCUACAAGAAGCCGUCCCUUCUGAGCAUCUCCAACCGUUUCGUCUUGAACCUGUCGGUGUCCAACUUCCUCAUGUCGCUGCUGGUGACUCCGUCGGUGCUGGUGUCGGCCAUGGCCCGCAGCUGGAUUUUCGGAGACGCGCUGUGCCAGGUGGCCGGAGUACUGACCACGCUCCUGUUCGCAGCCAGCAUCUGGACGCUGGUACUGGUCAGUCUUGACCGCUACUGUGCCAUCAUCGCGCCGCUGCACUACGCCAUGCGGAUCACCCCGUCCCGGUGCCUGUACAUGAUGGCGGCGGUGUGGCUGGUGUCCGCCGGGCUCGCCGUGCCGCCCGUGGCCGGCUGGAGUCGCAUCCAGUACCAAGCAGAGAAGUGCUCGUGUACGGUCGUGUGGGAGACAAGCAAUCAUACUGACAGGUAUUACACCAUCUUCCUUGCCGUGGUCUGUUUCGGCUUGCCCUGCCUGAUCAUGGCAGGCGCGUACAGCCGCAUCUACCGCGCGGCGCAGAAGACCACUGCCCGGGCCCGCAGGAACAGCGUCUUCCCUGAGCCCAGUUCCAGCACCGUCACAGGACUUCGGACUCCGAAGAGACGGUCCAGCACCGACAGUAUCCGCUCCACCUUGCGGGGCAGGCGCGCGUCCAACGCGUCGGACCAUCCGAUGGCUCACAUCCGGGACGACUGGAUCGCCGCGAAGACGGGCAUGGUGGUGAUGUCCACCUUCCUGCUGUGCUGGAUCCCGCACUUCACCGUCAUGGUGCUGGAGUCCACCCUGAGCGAGCCGCGCCUGAUCCCGUCCUGGGUGGAGCGACUGGCGCUGUACCUGGCGCUGUCGUCCUGCACGGUGAACCCCGUGGUGUACGUGUUCCGGUCGCGCGUCAUGCGGCACCAGCUCCAGGCGCUGUUCGCUCGGACGUCCUGCACCGCCAGCGGACGGAGGGAGCGGGUCUUAGAGCUGACCACUACGUCAGACUCCAACCAGCUACAGGUGAACAGACGCCGUGCCUCGGGCUCCUCCCUCCCCACCACCUCCACCUGUGCCAGCAGCUCCUCCCAGUCGCCCAGCGGCCGGCGGGAGCCCAGCGUCGGCUCCCUGGCAAGCUACACCAAACCGCCCAUGGUCACCAUCCACGAGCACGAUGAGGAGGUCACGUCCGCAGUCGUGCACAGCAGCGCGAGCCCCGAGCUCGUCCUGGACUUCAACAGUUUAACCAGGAGAUCGUCGGCGGACGGUAGUCCGGUUUCUUCUGCGCCGCCCCCGACGCCGCCCAUGUACACCGUCCCCGUGCUGACGGUGUCCGGACCGACCGACCUGGACGGGUCGUCCGAGGACAUGCACGAUGUACCUCUUCCGUUUGGCUGCGUUGUGGACAUGGUCUAGAACAAGAGCAUGGCUGAUAUCAUACCCGAUAUGGUGUCUGCUGUCACACGUUUGGAUUACGCUGUCUCGACUGAGGCGCAGCCAAGAGACUGGCCUGGAUGCCAGACUGUUUCCAGAGUCUAUACAGGCCAGCUCUUCGGCUCUUGGCCCGACAAGCGCCCUGGAAAAUUUCGACUAAGGGCCAACAUGUCAUGGCGGUCCUUGAGCCGAGGGUCUGGCCUGUGUUGGCCCCGAAAACAGGCUGAUAUCUGGACUACGUAGUAACCAUCUCAAAAUCCAUACAAGUUGAAACCCUAGUCUUAUGGAUGACGACAGUCACAGCGACCAUUCCUUGCCAGGACGUUGUAAAACGUUAUGGGUAUCUACCACUCGGACGGAGCGUCAAGUAAAUCGGACUUACGUUGUAUGUCAGCAAUAUUGAUGGUUGAAAAGUUGUCAUGUACACUUUUUAUUCAUACAACGACAAAUUGUAUCUAUUCCCCGCUUAUGAGCCGCAACAGCGCAUUCAUGUAGUAUUGUUCUGGAAAUUCCAGAUAAAUUAUUUUGUUAAAGUUGUAUAUCAUAUCAUAUUAUAUCAUAUCAUAUAUAUAUAUGUAAAUAGCAAUUGACAUAUAUUCAAAGAGCAUAAUAUCUUUUACUAUUACACUAUUACUAAUUUAUUUGUACAAAGAAUAUGUUGACCAAGUAAUAACUCAACAAAGCCUUUCUACCUACUAUUUAUAAACUCACGGGGGUUACUUGUUUUCUUGUUCUGCGUUACGGGUAACGCCUUGAUUAUUUUACAUGCACGAAAAUUGUCAAGGACAACCCUAACAACGAUAUGGAACGUUCAGCCAUUCGUGUCUCGACAACAUAGCGGUGACCAAAUAUUACGUGCAAUACUAUGUGCUAUACACAUGGUUUCAUAACACCGAACUAGCAAUAAAGUUAUAGA